AUGGACGGCAUGUUAGACCGAUGGCUUGUCAUCGUCAAUCUUCUUUUGGACAAUUUUAGACAUUGUUGUUCAUCGUGGUUUCUGAAUUACUAUGAUUUGUGUACUGUUGGACAUGAAGAGAAGAUGGUGCUUUCUGGCAGUGACUGUUCGUGUGUCCUUGUACCUGACCAAUCUGAACUGGAAUCUGCUUGCUCAACCACUACUUAUCCAGACAUCUUGCAGAAGUUGAAUGAUAUGAGAGCACAUGAAGAAGCAUGUGAUGUAUUUUUCAUUGUUGGAAGAGAAAAAAAGCGAUUUGCUGCUCAUCGUCUUAUUUUAGCUGCUUCUUCUGAUGUCUUUUAUAGGAACUUUUUUGGACCUCUCAUUUCGAAAGAUGGAUAUUCGAAAAAAACCGCCACACUGAUACCGGAUGUUGUUCCAGAAGCUUUCGAAAUUCUUUUGCAGUUCUGCUACUCAAGAUCUCCUGAAAUAAUAACGGAUCUAGUGGUUCAUACUCUUUAUGCAGCCGAAAAAUAUAAUGUGAGACGCUUAAGAAGCAGUUGCUUACGACAACUUGCGGCAACCAAAGUUGAAGAUUCAAUGACUGUUCUGGAGCAAGCUCUGGAAUACGAGGAAAUGACAAUUGUCGAUCGCUGUCUGAAAAUAAUUGAUAGUAACUGUGAUAGAAUAAUUGCAUCAAAAGGCUUAAGGAACUGCAGCGCCAGAGCUUUGAAAGUGAUUAUUGGUAGAGACGAAUUUAGCCCUACAAGCGAGUUGACUUUGUUUACAGAAGUUGUUGAGUUCGCAAAAUUGCAAUGUAGACAUCAGAAUUUAAUCACUACUGGAAGCAAUUUAAGGCAAGUUCUCGGCUCGAUAUUAUAUUUAAUCAGAUUUUCUUCAAUGUCGGUUGAAGACUUAUGUGAAGCAGCUAAGCAGGGAGUACUAACGAAUGAGGAAGUUGAUGAGCUUCGUUAUAGUAUAACAGCGAAUUCAGGGGAGACCCCACAUUUCCUAAUACAUCCUCGUUGUUCAUUAGGGAUACUUCAAAAACCUACUUAUUCUUUUAGAAGAGCGACAAGUGUGGUGAAAGUUGAUUGGAUGAACCUUUCAACAGCUCUUUUUUUCCAAGUUGAUCGAAAUAUAUUUAUUUGUUGCGUUGGUAUUUAUACCCAUUGCGAUGAGAGUGAAAAAAUUCAGCGCGAUGAAGUUUCCAUAAUGUUUGCUCCGUAUGGUGAGAACACGAAAAAGUUAGUCAUUGCAAAUCUCCAUCAGGAAGACAACAUCGUAUUUAUUCAUUUAGCAGAUCAUCUGGCACUCAGUGGAGGAAGAAAAUAUUACUUCUGCGUUAAUCUUAGCGACGCUGAAGGCCGGUAUUUUUAUUGUAACUCUGCAUAUGUGCCACCAACUACUGUAACGACGUGUGGUGGGAUAAGCGUGACGUUAACGUGCGACAGAAGAAACGGGAAUGAGUUCUUCCCUGAAUUACGUUUCACCUUAUAG